ACAUUCACCACUCACUCAUCAGUGUCAAGAAAUGGCAUUAUCUAUCAAAGAACUCUUUUCCAAAUAUAAUUUUAGAAGAAGUAAAAAACUUGUUUUACUUUCUGCCGCCGUAGCCUUGCUCCUCGUAACCGCCGUGGUUGGAAUCGCCGUGGGAGCUUCGAAAACCAACGAAAAGGGAAAACGAACUCUAUCUCCGUCAUCUCACGCCGUGUUAACAUUCGCAUGCAGCUCCACGCGUUACCCUGAGCUCUGCAUCUCCGCAGUAUCCACCUCCGGAGGCGUCAAGCUUACGUCGCAGAAAGACGUCAUCGAGGCUUCGCUUAACCUCACGACAACUGCCGUGGAACACAACUACUUCACGGUGAAGAAGCUGAUCAAGAAUAGGAAAGGACUAACUACUCGCGAGAAGACGGCACUUCAUGACUGUUUGGAGACUAUUGAUGAGACGCUUGAUGAGCUUCACGAGGCGGUGGAAGAUCUCCAUUUGUAUCCUAACAAGAAGCCUCUCCGGGAACACGCCGGCGAUCUCAAAACCCUACUUAGCUCCGCCAUUACCAACCAGGAGACUUGUCUAGACGGCUUUUCUCAUGACAGGGCUGACAAGAAAGUCCGCAAGGCCUUGUUGAAGGGUCUGAUGCACGUAGAGCACAUGUGCAGCAAUGCACUAGCAAUGAUCAAGAACAUGACUGAUACCGAUAUAGCCAAUUUCGAGCCAAAAGCUAAAGUCACCUCAAACAACCGUAAACUCAAGGAGGAGGAGACUACGGUGGCCGCAGAUAUUGCUAGCGUCGGAGAGUUAGACGCGGAGGGGUGGCCGACUUGGUUAUCCGCAGGAGAUAGGAGGCUUCUUCAAGGGUCUACAGUGGAAGCCGAUGCUACCGUGGCGGCUGAUGGUAGCGGUACAUUCACAAGUGUGGCAGCUGCGGUUGCCGCGGCCCCGGAGAAUAGUAAUAAGAGGUAUGUAAUACAUAUAAAAGCCGGAGUUUAUAGAGAGAAUGUGGAUGUGGCCAAGAAGAAAAAGAAUAUAAUGUUUAUGGGAGAUGGUCGGACAAAAACUAUUAUUACCGCAAGUAGAAACGUCGUCGACGGUAGCAGCACCUUCGACUCCGCCACCGUUGCUGCCGUCGGUGAAAGAUUUUUAGCGCGUGACAUCACUUUCCAAAACACAGCAGGGCCGUCGAAGGAACAAGCGGUGGCUCUACGUGUCGGUUCUGACUUCUCCGCUUUCUACCAAUGCGACAUGCUAGCUUACCAAGACACCCUCUACGUCCACUCUAACCGUCAGUUCUUCGUCAACUGUUUCAUUGCCGGAAGUGUCGACUUCAUAUUUGGAAACGCUGCCGUUGUUUUCCAAGACUGCGAUAUCCACGCCCGUCGACCAAACUCAGGACAGAAAAACAUGGUCACUGCCCAAGGACGGACUGAUCCUAACCAAAACACCGGAAUAGUUAUCCAGAAUUGUCGGAUUGGUGCCACGUCAGAUUUACUGUCUGUGAAAAAUAAUUUUCCGACGUAUCUUGGUCGGCCGUGGAAGGAGUAUUCGCACACGGUGAUAAUGCAGUCGGAUAUCUCUGACGUGAUCCGACCAGAAGGGUGGUUCGAAUGGGACAAAACUUUCGCAUUGGACACUCUGACAUACAGAGAGUAUGUGAACACGGGAGCAGGAGCUGGAACUCGAGAUAGAGUGAAGUGGAAAGGCUUUAAGGUAAUAACAAAUGCUGCUGAAGCUGAGCCAUAUACGGCCGGUCAGUUUAUUGGUGGUGGAAGCUGGUUAACUUCGACCGGUUUCCCUUUCUCGCUUGGUCUUUGAGAUGUUAUUGUUGUUUAUUCCUACAUGUUGUUGUUGGUCGAAUAAUUAUUGAUUUAAUAAAUAAAUCAUAAUGUUGUUUGUUUC